ACAGGAGAAAGAGAGAAAGAGAAGAGAAGAAGAGUUCAGAGAGAGAGAAGAGCGAUAUAAAAGACUGAUUAAAGAGAGAGAGCAGAAGGAGAAUGAACUGAUAGAACAGAUGAAACUGGAGCGAAUGCAGAAACAGAAACCAGAGGACAAACUGAGGAGAGAAGAGAAACAGAAAUCUGAACAUCACAAGAGACUCCAAAGGCCAGUUAGUGAUCAGACAGCAGGUCUGAAUGUGGUCCUGCUGGGAAAAAGAGGAGCAGGGAAAAGUUCAUCAGGAAACACAAUCCUGGGUCGACAAGCUUUCAUCUCCAAGAAAAGUGCCAGACCAGUCACACGAGACGUCACUGUGGAGUCUGGAUCAGUCUGUGAACUACCAGUCACUGUUUACAACACUCCAGGAUUGUUUGACACAAAGAUAAGUGAUGAAGAGAUUCAGCAGAUGAUCAAUGAGAAGGUCCUCCAGAAAUGUUCAACAGGUCUGUGUGUGUUUCUGCUGGUCAUCAGAGCUGACAGAUUCACUGAAGAAGACAGAAAAACUGUGGAGAAGAUUGAGAAGAUCCUGGGAGAAAAACAGCUGAAAAACAUCUGGAUUCUGUUCACUGGAGGAGACGAACUGGAGGAAGAAAACACGACAAUACAGGAGUUCAUAGAGGAGACUGAAGAACUGAAGACACUCGUGCAGAAAUAUGAGCACAGAUACCAUCUGUUCAACAACAAGAAGAAGAAGGAGGAGGAGGGACCGAGUGAACAAGUGAAGAUACUGUUCACAAAAAUACUGAAGCCUCACCAUGCCACAAUGGCAGGAGAAAAUUUGCAGGAGCAGAAUCUAUUGAAGAGAAAAAUACCAGCAAAUACUGAGCCAAUCUCUCGUGUCUCUGGUCUUCCCUCCAGACGGAUUGUUCUUCUGGGUAAAUCUGGUGUUGGUAAAAGUGCAUCUGGAAACACAAUCCUGGGACAGAAAGAGUUCAGAUCUAUGAUGAGUAUGAAUUCAGUAACCCGUGAAUGUUCAGCAGCUCAGGCCACAGUUUCAGGCAGAUCUGUGUCUGUAGUCGACACUCCUGGAUUAUUCGACACUCAGAUGAAUCUUAAAGAGUUAAUGAUGGAGAUCGGCAAAAGUGUGUAUAUCUCCAGUCCUGGACCUCACGCUUUCCUCAUUGUGUUUCCUCUCAACAUGAGAUUCACUGAACAGGAUGAGCAGAUUCCUCAGAUGAUUGAGCUGAUGUUUGGUGAAGAAGUGUUGAAAUACUCCAUCAUUCUCUUCACUCAUGGAGAUCUGCUGGAUGGAGUGUCUGUAGAGAAGCUGAUAGAGAAGUACAGUAGAUUAAGAUCUGUAGUCCAGCAGUGUGGAGGCAGAUAUCAUGUGUUCAACAACAGAGAUGAGAAUAACAGAGAGCAGGUGGAGGAUCUACUGCAGAAGAUUGACUCAAUGAUACAGCUGAAUGGAGGAGGACACUACACUAACCAGAUGUAUGAAGACGCUCUGAGAUUAAGACAAGAGGAAGAAGAGGAGAGAAAACAACAAGAGGAGAAACAAAGACAAGAGGAGUUUGAGAGAGUGAUAAAGGAGACUGAGGAAAGGGUCAGAGCAGAAAUGGAAGCUGAAAAACUUAAAGCAGAGAGACUGAGUGAGGAAGAGCAGAGAAGACGAGAGAAACAAAAACAAGAGGAGAUUGAGAGAGUGAUAAAGGAGAUUGAGGAGAGAAUCAGGAGUGAAGAUCAAGGGAGAAAACAAAGUGAAAACUGUGUGUGUAGUUGAUCGUCUUUUGAUUGUUUGACACAGUGAUGGAGUGAAUAACAGAGAGCAGGUGACUGAGGAGGACUCGAGGCCUCAGUUUCAUCUAACAUCAUUUAAAACACAACACACAUUAAUAAGUUGAACUCAAACACUGCUCUGUCCUAUCACAGUAUAUUUGUUGUUUUCAUAUGCACCAGACACUCUCUUAUCAAUACUUCAUCUUUCUGUAAAACAGUGUGAUUAACACAAGUGAGUGGGCUUGAUAAACUACCUGUAGAAGACACACACACUCGCUCCUCUGAGUGUUUAUGUAUGCAUGUGAAUAAUAUAAACUAAACUAAUCCUGCUGCUCUCUGCUGAAGUGAAGCGCUGCUUUAUCUUCACUUGUAAAUGGCUUUGAAGAAAGCUUCUGCUAAAUGAACAGAUGUAAAAAUGUAGAAUAACUGUUUCUCUCUCAAAUUAUAAUCUCUGAUAUAAUAAGAUGAGUUUUACUCAAGUCAGUAUUUUGAGCAUUUGUUUAUUGUGAGGUAAAAAGAGUAAAAUAAAUGCAUCAUGCAAUGUUGUCCAAA